GGACAGCUUAAAUGAGUACUAAUUGUUUCGUAUGAAAAUGCCUUCCCAACACACCAUAAGUGUUGCUUUCGUGUUCUCUCAAACAUAAAAUAUUUAAACAAUGAAGAUAUUGUACAUAAAGCAUGUUAUUUGACAUGUUCAUAUAUAGAUCAAUUUAUCUUAUUUGGGAAGGGAUUUUUUUAUUUGAUCCUAUAUGUAUUAUGUAUAUAGCAAGAAAAAGAUGCAAAUAAAUUGAAUUUAUUACUUUAUUAUCUUGUUGUCGAUAGCAAAUUUUAUUUAUAUGUUCCAUACUUCCAUACAUGUUUAUCUAAAUGUCAGUAUAACAAUUUGAAACUGCAAUUAUUAUUUUAACCCGAUAGGAACCCCUCUCUAGCUCUUCUGUUCAUCUCUCAUCUGCAAGAUGUAAACCCUAACAACAGCGGCGGUGCGUUUCUACAUCGCUUCUCCAGUGCUUCGCAACUCUGAAGGAGUUUGAUUGUACAAGAUUCCUUCUCUCUUUGUUCAUGCGGUUGAGUUUUCUCUGACCAAGGGUUUGGUCCCCGAUUCAAUUGUGAACGUGUUUUGGCUUGAUUGUGAAUUUUGUUGCUUCUUUUUGUCGCCUCAGAUCCAGCGUUCAUUUUGUUGGCCAUUAAUAGGUAAUUUUUAAUCAAACUUAUGAAAGAAUGUCAAUCGAGGAGGUUGAGGGUGAGGGAUCAAAACACGGCAAGGCGACGGUGUUCCCAAAACAGCACCGCCUAAAAUAUUGACAGGCCCCAUAAACGAGAUGAUUCCUUUGGAUGUUGUUGGUUAAACCUAUUCUCCAUUCCCACCUUCCUGAUGGCUCGUAAAAUUGAAAUGCUUUCUUUGGAGUUGAAUGGACAAACCCCUUUUCCCUCCUUUCUGAUGACUAAGUAGCUAACUAGUAAAAUCAAGAUACUUAAAUUAUUUCGUUGCUUUAAUUUAAAGAAUUUUAGUUUAGUUACCUCUCAUUUUAGUAGCAAAUUCAACAACAAUGUUAGAUUAGUCUACAUCAUUUGGAAUUAGCGAAUAAGAUUGAUCCUUGGGGGCUACUCGAUUAUAUGUCUAAUUCCAGUGUAAUCAUGAGCUAUUGUAUUGAUUUACCUAGUCAUGGACUUGGUUCGGGCCACCCGGCCCGGGAACCGGCCCGGCCCGCUACUGUGCGGGACUGGUUCGGCCCGGUGCUUUGGGCCCAAAACCGGUCUCUGACCCGGUUAGAAGGGAAUAGCGGGGCAGGUACGGUUCUGGAAAAUGGUGAACCGGUCGGGCCGGGCCCGGUUCGGGCCAAACCGCCCAAACGGCUAGUUUAAAAAAAAAUCGGUGAAAAGUUUUUAAAAUAUUAUGCACAUAUUCCAUAUAUUUAUGGUAUUGCAUUUAUUCUUGAUUCUCGUUACAGACUUGCUAAUUUGCAUGAAUGUUUAAUGUUCUAUUAUCUUGCUUUUUUGGUGAAUAUCCAAUGUAUAACGAUAACUACAUAGAUCCUUUACAAGAAUACAACGAGGUUAGUACUUUAUUUUAUGCCUUAAUUAAUGAGUUUCAUGAACAAUACGACAACACGCCCAUUCCCCCGACACGAGCAUCUUCAUCUAAAGGAAAAUCAAUUUUUAAACCUGCAUUUGGCAAUCUUUUGAAAAAAAAAAAAACUCCCGCUAGUGAACAAAUUACAGUUAAUGAGAUUGCUUUGUAUUUAACAUAUGAUGUUGAUUUUGAAGAAAAUAAUGACUUUGGCGUUCUAAAAUGGUGGAAGUCAAAAGAAAGAAUGUUCCCAAUUUUAGCACGGAUGGCUAAGCAAGUGCUAUCAAUGUCAGUUUCAACAGUCGCUGUAGAACAAGAAUUUAGUUCGGCCGACAAUGUCCUAAUAGAUUCUAGAACGAGAUUGAGUGCAAACUCUCUUGAGACGCUUGUAUGCUACCGCGAUUGGUUGAAAGCCGCACAUAGAACCCAAAAACUUAGCAUCACCUCCUCCCAA